AUGACUUCAAUCGGGAAGAUCAGUUUCUCCGGCGCAUCCUUCACGAAUGAGAACACGGUAGCUCUUCUGCACCUGAACGUCGACGUCUGCUUCUGCCGCUGUGACCCAUUGCCCGAGUUCGUCCCCGUCGGUUCGGCGUUGACCGUCAAGAGAAGGGUGGAAGCAGAGAGCGAAUCCAUCCACAGAACGACCGUCAAACUCGGCUUCCUCUUCAAUGAGGUGAUUCCCGACACGCCAAAUCUCGUCAAAGCGUACGGCAAACGCGUAUCGGAGAUCCUCGCGCUCCCCAAAGUUAAACCUCAGGGCACGGAAGAAGACGAACCAUUCCGACCGUUUAUCGGCGCUGACUGCACGUCGGUUUGGGCUGCUGCCACAUUGGGAACUUCAUCCAUUGGCGUUUUGCUCCUCGCAUGCAUGCUCGCCGAUGCUUGGGACCAAAUCCGCCAUCUCGAUCUGGAUGCUGGCGGCGGCAAGGCAGGCAUUCGCCCGGGCAGAGUUGGCCUCCUGGGACGCGAUCGUAAGGUCCUGGAUAAGAAGGGCUGGGGCGGGUCGACCUACGCCUCGGUCAUCUUGACGUGGACUCGCGCGAUGAAAGUUCUCGAGAAACUGCUAUGCAACAUCCCUCAGCAGGCUUACGAUCGAGCCAUCAUCCGUGGCAUCUCUUCUUAG